UUGCCACACUUGAAAGAGGGCGGGUGGGUUCACGUGUGUGGAUGCACAUUAGUAUUUAAACGACAAAGGCAGAUUUCCUCCCCACAGUUGAGCUGCAAUCAUGGACCUGAAAGUUGUGCUUGUGAUUGUCUGUCUCUAUGCUUUGGCCAUCACGUUCACCGAAGGCAUCCCAAAAUGCUGCAUCAGAACAAAGAAGAGCGUCUCAACAAAGACGCUGAUGAAAGUUGAAAGGUUCGAGAUGCAGACCAGCAGCGGUGCCUGUGACAUCCCUGCACUGGUACUGUACAUAAAAAAUCAAAAGAAUCCCAUUUGUGCUCCUCCCAAGAUGAAGACACGUGUGAUGGUAUAUUGGCACAGGAUGAAACAGAGCAGACAGAAAUCAGAAUGAAACACCUCUUCUCCAUAUACCAGUGUAUCCCGUUUCCAAGUGGGGUUCAAUUUUCAUGUUUUUAAAACAACUGAUCUACUUUUCUAACUCUGUAAGGGGAAAGUAACGUUACUUUAAAGUACUUUUUAUGGACAAAAUUAUAUGAUUCUGUUAAAAUCAACUGUCUGAAACACUGUUUACAUGUUAUGGCAUCAAUAAUUACUAAUACUUCUACCUAAAUGUAUUUUUCAACGAGGUUUUUGGGUUUAAUGGGUUAUUUUAUAAUGCAGUAUGCCAGUAUUGCUUGCAGUAAUGAUGUGAAUGUACUUCAACUGUAAUACAAUCCAAAAAAAGAGAGAAAUCCUCUGUAAAUUGUGAUUCAUGUGUUGUUUUACCUUGUUUUGUUUUUUUGUGCUCCUGUAGAUGUCUUAGCUAUCGGCAGAGAAAAGCUUUGACAGAAACUAAUGUUGGCAAACAAUAUUCAGACAUUUCAGAAAUAAAGAAAAGUUUUUUUAAAAAAAAAAGUAGACAUCAAGGACAUUCAUUAGUGUUGGUUGCUUUCUGAUGAGAGCAAGAAAUUCAGUCAGAAUUCAAGCAAAAUUACUGAAUCUAAUUUAUAUCUAGCUAUAAGAAAUACUGGAACGUUUACAUCUAGUCAUAUGGAGACAGUGAUCUUUGACAUAAACUAUUUGUGAUCAACUGAUGAAAAAGAAAAUUAACUUUAUAUGUACUCGAGGAAUCUUAUAAAACACUGUUGGUACACUGUUGAAUGUUUAUAAAAGUGAAAGUAAAAUGGACUUCCCUUGUUCCAUCUUGCCCUCUGAUGAUCAAAAGCCAGAGCCUGCUCUCUCCUUUGUCAUGACUAAUCCCACAGAGACAAGCUGCCACACAUAGCCUGUAAAACCUUUCGCAAUGCUUCACUGAGCUCUUUAAUUUGAUUGAUUCGGUAGCAAUCCACAUUGACUGAUUUGUUUGAAAAGCUAAGACAAAGAGCCGGAAAAACUUUAAACCCCUGUAAAUGUCACCGAAGAUCUUCUUUGUGUGUUUCUGAUGGAUAAUGUUUUGAGUUUGGUCAUUUUCCUUUUAUAUUUAAAGCGAAAUAUUGUACUCAAACACAUUUCAAGCAUCUUUUUUGAUUCUGACAAAGUGAAUAUAUAAAUAAAAUCCAAUAUAUUAUCACA